UAAGCCCAUAGAGUAAGUUUGAAAACAGAAAAAGGAAAAUCAAGAUGAAAAAGGUUUUGGCCAAAUACAGACAGGAAGGGACAGAAAAAGGGGCAGGGUUUGAAGAACCCUAACACAAGCGGAGUUGGCGACAAAGCAUACUGCUGGGCAUCACAGGCAAGUUUAUAUUUCAAAUCCAAUUUUUCUGUCUUUCAUAUGCAAAUCACUGCUAAAACCUCACUAUAAACCCCCCAAAAUAUGAUAACCUUGAUAAACAAAAAGCUAAUCUCACUCUCACUAACCUCUGUCGGGCUUCACAAAUCCCCUCUCUGCAACUCAAUCUCUCUCUUUUUCUACUCUUCGUCCCGACCCAAAAAGUGGAAAUCAAAACCCAAAAUUGCAGUAGCUGAAUACUUAAUCAGCCAGCACCAGUUUUCCCCAGAAGCCGCUCUGAAAGCCGCAUCAGCAGUCGCUUAUCUGAAAAGCCCUGCUGAAUCCAGUUCGGUGAUUUCGUUUCUCAGGGAAAGCGGCUUCUCGAAAACCCAUCUGGAAGAUGUGGUUAAAAGGGUCCCCAGGAUUCUUAUUGCCAAUCUUGACAUUGUCCUCAAACCCAAAUUCAAGGUUUUCCAGGACUCGGGCUUUUCGGAUUCCGACAUUGUUGAUAUUGUGUCCGCUGACCCCUGGCUUCUGUUGCGAAGUGCCGAUAAUCAGCUUGGCCCUGCUCUGUUGGUGCUGAAGAACAUUCUCGGAUCGAAUGCUAGUGUGCUCAAGGUUUUAAAGUUGUCUGGUGGAGUUCUCAAAUAUGACUUGGAGAAGACAUUGAUGUCUAAUGUUGAGGUCUUACAGAGUUAUGGUAUAAAAUCGUCACAAAUUAUCAAAUACAUUUUUCAUUUUCCGAGAUUUUUUGUGCAUAAGCCGGAGAGCAUUGUGGAUGUUAUUAAAAGGGUCGACGAGAUGGGUUUCGAUAUGAAGUCCAAGAGGUUCCUAUCAGCAAUUCGGAUCAUGACUUCGCUCACUGUCGAGACAUGGGAACGGAAGGUGAAGCUUUUCAAGAGUUUGGGGCUUUCAGAAGAUGAUAUCUCAGCGGUGUUUAGGAGGGUACCCCAGGUGUUUGGAAUAUCUGAGAAGAAGAUUGAGGAGGUUGCAGAGGUGCUUCUCAGCACUGGCAAGUAUGAUAUCUCGUUUAUAGUUAAUCACCCAGAAUUGCUUAUUUAUAGUGUCAAGCACACGCUGAAACCACGACUACAAGUUAUGGAGAUCCUCGAAAAGAAAAAACUACUUGGGAAAACACCUAAUUUGACCACAAUCUGCAAGUACUCUGAACAGAAGUUUGCUGAAUUAUAUGUUGUUCCUUAUACAAAUGAACUUGAAGGAAGAGUGCAUGGAGUGGAAAUCAAGAUCUCCUGA